AUGACAGUUACUCGGAGCAGAGACGGGAUCCCGUCCUGGAAUGGUGGUUCCACCUCGUGGUCAGAGUACCGGCGAGCGGCAUUGCUCUAUGUGGAGACGACAAAGUGGGAGUCGAGAUACCUCUGCGGACCCCGACUGGCGAGUGAGCUUACGGGGCCAGCUCGCACCUCGAUAGCCAACAAGAAGCCAUCGUGGUUGUCUACUCCUGAAGGGGUUAACCGUCUCCUACUACAUCUCCAGAAUGCCAUCUCGGAGCCCGUACUGCCAGAGGUGGGAAACACCUUGCGUGCUUACUUUAAGCACCUGCGGCGCCGAAAAGGCGAGACUAUGACGAGCUUCUGCGUGAGACAUCGUGAAGAAUACGAUCGCGUGUGCCGUGCCUUGUCCCGGAUGGUCAAGACGCAACAGGCAGACGUCCAGAAGCCGAUGAGAGGCCAGCGCCGACAAAGCUGGCAGAGUGCAUUGGGGCACUCGUCAAAUACCUCAGGGCCGGAGCCAGCGCCCCGGGCCAAUGAACAUCCAGCAUCGAGCACUGAAGGCUCAGAAGAAGCCCCAGUGCUGCAAGGGAGUCUGGAUGCCAGCGGACCCGCUGACGACGGAGCCAAUGAUCCUUGGCAGGAGUGGCGCCAACACAGUGGUCGCACUUGGAGUGAGCAGGGUGAUGCUCACUGGACAUGGAGUGGCCGAUGGUCAGACCGCCACUGGAAAGAUCAGUCUUGGCAACAGUGGGAGCCCAGCGAUGAUGAGGACGACGAGGCGAUGGUGGACAUCCUUCCUGACAUCAUUCAGGGCUGGUUGCUUCUCGAGAAGGCCGGCCUGGACGACCUCGAGAAGAGCAUCAUCCAGUCUGACAUCAAGUCCAAGUUUUCCUUGGAAGGCGUGGAGAACUCUCUGAGAGUGCACUGGACCGAUGGCCAAGUCCGACGGCGAGAUGGUUCAGAUAAGCGGCAACAAGCCAACUUCGGCGGCAUGGAGCUCGACUUCGACGACGAGGAGGGCCCACCAGAAUGGGAUCAUAGCUACUUCGAGGGCUGGGACCCGGAGGACAUCGCCGUGUUCCAAGAGGCCUACGAAACCGAGCAAGAAGCAUGGGCACAGAUCCAAGAAGGACGCCGCACUCUCAGAGAUGCCCGGGAAAGGCAGAAAGCUGUCCGCCUGGGAAGGAAGUUCUUUUCGCCAAAAGGAAAGGCCGGGGCCAGUUUCAAGGAUCGAAGGGCCGCUCGGGUCACGAGAGUCGAGACCAUGGACCUCGUGGACCAUGCCUUCGGCGAGAACAAAAAGGUCCUCCAGGUGGAUGAGCAGUCCGAGUUCAUCUGCUUUGCCGAGCACCAGGAUGCCUCCAUGUUCGGCGAUGUGGCGGAUGAGCAGGGCUUGCACCAGGACAUGUCCAAGAUGACCACCUAUGAGGCCAUGACUAAGGGCUAUGGCGUCUUGGACCCAGGGGCGACCCGCACGAUGGGAUCUAUGGUGGCGUUGGAGCAUGCCCGUGAGGCAAGCAUGGCGCUGCAGAAUCGUGACAAUGUCUUUGAGGUGAACCUGGAUGACAAGCCCACCUUCGGCUUCGCGGACUCGGAGUCGGCGCAGUGCAGCUCAACUGUCCUGCUCCAACUCCCCGUGAGUGACCACAACCUCAAGUUGCGAGUACACGCACUUGACAAAGGAACAGUUCCUGUGUUGCUCAGCAUUGACACGCUUAAGAAGUUGCAUGCUAUAGUCGAUUAUGGGAACAAUGAGGUUGUUUUCUCCAAUGUUGAUCCUUGUAAACGUGUCAGUCUUGAGACCACAGCUACGGGCCAUCAAGUGAUCCCCCUUGCAGCUGAUUUCAUGAGCGGGGCACAAAUUUUGGAAGCGCCUGUCUGGUGCCUAGGCACCCCUCUGUCCGAAUAG